AUGAGGAUACUAAAACAAACCAAAGUGAUGUUUUUCUUGUUAGCUCUGAUAUCGGCAUCGUUUUUCAGACACUCUGAAGCACAUACGAAACAAUGCUCGACCGUCGCGAUAGAUAACGUGCCGGGAUGUUUUGAUGCGAUAAAAGCAGCGUCAAAUGGAGAUGGAAGAUUGUUGAAAAGUAGUGGAAGUUGUUGCACAGCAAUAAGAUCAACACUUCCUAAGCUUUGCUACUUCGAUGUUUAUCCUGGCAAAAGUUGGGCUAUUGACUACUUCCAAACCAUUUGUAAAUAUUUGUUCCCUCCUGCCUAG